CAACCAAACACUAAACAAACGAGGAAAACACAAAGAUUGUGCUAAGAGUCAUCGUUAUUACAAACCUAAACCAAACUGAACGAGAAAAAAGAAAAGAACAACAAUAAAAUAAUGACAAAACUCCAAGACAGUCAACAACGACCCAAACAAUAGAAGAAGAAGAAGACCAAGAAAAAACGGCAGAAGAAGAAGAAGAAAAAACGGCAACGGCACAGAAUCUGGAGAGGAGCAUACUCUAACUAAUGACAGGAAAUAGAGAGGUCGUGGGAGUCCAACCAAUGGACCCUGAACUCUUGUCGGAGGUCGUCGUCGAUUCUUCUUCCGCCCUUCGUACUGAUAAUGGCUCCAUUCACAACACUCAAUUCAACAACCAGGAAAAAAGUCGACGGGGUGAUUUGCUGCUCGCUUACAAGACACUGGGAGUGGUGUUUGGGGGACUAGUAACGUCCCCAUUGUAUGUGUACCCUUCAAUGCCGUUGAAAUCUCCAACAGAAGAUGACUAUUUGGGUAUUUAUAGCAUUAUGUUUUGGACUCUUACUCUCACCGGGGUUGUCAAGUAUGCCUGCAUAGCUCUCAAUGCAGACGAUCAGGGCGAAGGAGGAACCUUUGCCUUGUAUUCACUACUUUGUAGGAACAUGAAUAUUGGAAUCAUUUCUCGAAAACAGUCAAGUUCUAUAGUGCCGAAUGGCAGAAGAAAGCAAAGUGCACUUGGGAAGUUUUUUGAGAAAAGUAUAAUUGCUAAAAGGGUGUUGCUUUUCAUUGCUAUCUUAGGCAUGUGCAUGCUAAUUGGGGAUGGCAUACUCACACCUGCAAUUUCAGUUCUGUCAGCAAUGGAUGGAAUUAGAGGACCCUUCCCUUCUGUCAGUAAAUCUCUGGUGGAAGGACUUUCUGCGGUGGUACUUCUUGUUCUAUUUCUGUUGCAAAAGUUUGGUACAUCUCGAGUGAGUUUCCUCUUUUCGCCAAUUAUGGGUGCAUGGACCUUUUGUACCCCCAUUGUAGGGAUAUAUAGCAUCAUCCGUUAUUAUCCAAGCAUAUUCAAGGCCAUCUCGCCACACUACAUCUUCCACUUCUUUUGGAAAAAUGGGAAGGAAGGCUGGUUGUUGCUUGGAGGCACUGUCCUUUGUAUCACAGGUUCUGAAGCCUUGUUUGCUGAUUUGGGCCAUUUCAAUCGUAGAUCUAUUCAGAUUGCAUUUUUGUUCACAAUUUACCCAUCUCUGGUUCUGACAUAUGCUGGACAAACAGCAUACUUAAUCAAUAAUCCAAAUGACCAUGAUGAUGGGUUCUACAAGUUCAUACCAACAAAGAUAUAUUGGCCUAUCUUUAUCAUUUCAACGUUGGCUGCAAUAGUUGCAAGUCAGUCACUGAUUUCAGCCACCUUUUCUGUGAUCAAGCAAUCUGUUGUGCUCGAUUAUUUUCCUCGGGUGAAAGUUGUGCACACAUCACCUAACAAAGAAGGCGAGGUUUACUCCCCUGAAGUCAACUACAUCCUCAUGAUUCUCUGUGUUGCUGUCAUACUUAUAUUUGGAGAUGGAAAAGAUAUCGGCAAUGCUUUUGGUGUGGUUGUCAUUCUAGUCAUGCUCAUCACCACCAUAUUAUUGACAUUGGUUAUGAUAAUCAUAUGGAGGACACCGUUUUAUCUUGCUGGUCUCUACUUCACUGUGUUUUUUGUAAUGGAAGGAGUUUAUGUGAGUGCGGUUUUCACUAAAAUUCCUCAAGGUGGUUGGAUUCCUUUUGCCAUAUCUCUUAUCCUAGCCUGCAUCAUGUUUGGUUGGUUUUACGGAAGACAACGAAAGAUCGAAUAUGAGUUAACAUAUAAAAUAACCUUAGACAGACUUGGACAGCUACUAUCAGAUCCCAGUGUUCAACGGGUUCCCGGAUUGUGCUUCUUCUACACCAACAUUCAAGAUGGCCUUACUCCUAUUCUUGGGCAUUACAUAAAAAACAUGAAAUCCCUUCACAAGGUUACUAUCUUUACAACUCUUCAAUAUUUAUUGGUUCCCAAGGUAGCUCCACACGAGAGAAUCGUCAUCAACAAACUCGGCAUCAGACGGGUUUAUGGCUGUGUGAUUCAGUAUGGCUAUGCGGAUCGCUUGAACAACGAAGGGGAUGAUAUUGUUAGGCAAGUUAUAGAAAGCUUGCAAGAACACAUCCAGGACUACUCGGGUUGUAUACCUUCUAACCCUUCAGAAAUCCAAGAACAAAUUUCUGAUCUACAAGAAGCAAGGGAAGUUGGUGUUGUUCAUGUUCGGGGAAAGACGAGAUUCCACAUUGGCAAAAGCUGCGGCUGGUUUGACAGAAUCAUGCUUGCGUUCUAUGAAGUUUUGCAUAGUAAUUGUAGGCCUGCCCUUCCUGCUUUGGGCGUGCCAUUGACUCAGCGUAUCGAGGUUGGAAUGCUUUACGAGGCUUAGAAGAAUAAUUUUUUGAGCUGUCCUAUGAUCCUUCCAGCAUGCUUUUAAUAUACAGGUAAAAGAUUUACAGGGAAAACAUUAUAAUACCGACUCCGGUCCUGCUAUGAGGCUUCAUGUUCUGGAGCUCUGCAAGUAUUUUUCUAUAAUUCCUUACAAUAGUAUCUUGCUCGUGAAGUGGUUUUUUUUUUUUUUUUUUCAAAUGAAGAAAAGAAAUCUAAGAACAUGAUCGCCAAUUACCUAUGACUAAUAACCAGUGGGAAUGACAUUUAAAAUUUGUGUGACAAACACAACAUUACGUGCUUUCUCAUGCUUGGACUUAAGAAAAGGUAUAUUAAAUGCUUAAGCUCUCGCUUUGUAUCAGUUUUAACUGAUUCCUUAGAUAAAUUCCUUUUCAUGUAUCUCGUGAGGUUUUCAAAAUUGCUAAA